GUGUGGAUGCCGGUGAGGUCCUGAUUCCGGUUGCUAGGCUGUGUUUUUCCGUGCGGCGGCUGAUUGAGGGUCAGUGUCGGUGCUGAAUUCGCUGAUCCUUAUCGCGCACACCCACCGGUUUCCGGGACAUCGGAACGUGUUCUCUCGGUGCCUUCCCCCUGACGUGGCUGGUUCCUCGGUGCAGGAGCCGCAGGCGUCGGGCCUGUGAUUGUGAGAAGUGAAUGCCGGCGGGUAUCAUGUGAGGAGGAAGUGGUGGCGGUGGGACCGAGCCGAGGGUGAAGGAUGGAGGAGAAAUACAGCAACAACAUCAUCUCCAACACCAGGCUAGGCCCUGUCGAUGCGCCCAGCUCCAGCAGGUUAACACGAUACAUCACACUGCUAUGCCUGGCAAAGUUCCUUAAGGUUAUUGGAAUUUUUGAAUCGUAUGACCUCCUUAAAGUUGUCCAUAUUGUCCAGUUUGUCUUCAUAAUCCAGCUGGGAUCUGCGAUAUUCUUGGUUUUAUUUCAAAAACCAUUUUCUACUGGCAAACCAAUAUCAAGACGGCUGUGGAUCAAGAUUGGUAAACAUGCAGUUGGCGGUUGCAUUAUUUUGCUGUUGUGGUUCUUUGGACUCACACUUUGUGGACCCUUGAGAACAGUACUUCUCUUUGAGCAUAGUGACAUUGUUGUCAUUUCUCUGCUUGGUGUUUUGUUUACCAGCUCUGAUGGAGGCCCAGCAAAGACAAGAGGAGCAGCUUUCUUCAUUAUCGCUGUCAUAUGUUUAUUGUUGUUUGACAACGAUGAUCUGAUGGCAAAAAUGGCUGAACACCCUGAGGGCCAUCAUGACAGUGCUUUAACACAUGCACUAUACACAGUCAUCUCUCUACUUGGAGUAGCAGACCACAAGGGUGGGGUUUUAUUACUGGUGAUGUCGCUGUGUUUCAAAGUUGGUUUUCAUACAGCCUCUAGAAAGCUGUCUGUGGAUGUCGGUGGAGCCAAACGCCUGCAUACAUUAUCUACCCUAACUUCAGCGGUAUUAUUGUUUCCAUGGGUAGUCAUAUUGACUGCAACGACAGAGAGUAAAAUAGAAUCCUGGUCUUCCCUUAUUAUGCCAUUUGGGACCAUCAUUUUCUGUGUGCUAAUAUUGGACUUCUAUGUCGAAUCUAUAUGUUCUGCAAAAUUGGAAGCUCCAAAGUGUGCACAGUAUGGUUCAGUUCUUGUCUUUUUUGGAGCUUUACUUCUUGCUAAUUUCUGGACGCAUCCAAUAACUGAUCAGCUACGUGUAAUCAACAAGCAAACCCUGCAGCACAGUACUGAACAUGUAUUGUCAGGUGGAGUGGUGGUUAGUGCCAUUUUCUUCAUACUGGCUGCGAGCAUCUUAUCCUCACCUUCCAAAAAAGGGCAAAAGGGUACUCUAGUUGGUUACUCACCUGAAGGUACCCCAUUGUAUAACUUUAUGGGUGAUGCCUUACAACAUACUUCCCAGUCACUGCCCAGGUUUAUCAAAGAAUCUUUGAAACAAAUCCUUGAAGAGUAUGACUCCAGACAGAUCUUCUACUUUCUUUGCCUUAAUCUAGCCUUUACAUUUGUGGAAUUGUUCUAUGGCGUGUGGACCAACAGUCUUGGCCUUAUCUCUGAUGGUUUCCAUAUGUUGUUUGACUGCUCAGCACUAGUCUUGGGUCUCUUUGCAGCCCUAAUGACCAGAUGGAAGGCAACUCGUAUUUACUCUUAUGGAUAUGGACGUCUUGAAAUUCUGUCUGGAUUUAUUAAUGGACUUUUUCUAAUGGUUAUAGCAUUUUUUGUUUUUAUUGAGUCUGUGGCGAGAGUUUUUGAUCCUCCAGACAUUGACACAGAAAUGUUAACACCUGUUUCCAUUGGGGGACUGAUAGUGAACCUGAUUGGUAUCUGUGCCUUUAGCCACGCUCAUUCCCAUGGUGGUUCACGAAGCAGUUGUCCUUCACAUGAGCAUGGCCACAGUCAUGGACAUGGACAUUCUCAUAGCGACCACGGACAUGGAGGAGGACAUAGCCACAGCCACAACCAUGGUCACUCCCAUGGAUCUUCAGGUGGUGGAAUGAAUGCUAAUAUGAGAGGAGUAUUUCUGCAUGUGCUGGCAGAUACACUUGGCAGUGUUGGAGUGAUCAUCUCAUCGCUUCUAAUUCGUCAAUUUGGAUGGCUAAUUGCUGAUCCUAUUUGCUCUCUCUUCAUUGCUGUAUUAAUAUUUCUAAGUGUUAUUCCACUUAUGAAAGAUGCUUGUCAAUUAUUGCUGCUACGGACCCCACCAGAACUUGAGAAGCAACUCAUUAGUGCCCUGAAUAAGAUCCAGAAAAUUGAAGGUGUUCUAUCUUAUCGAGAUCCUCAUUUCUGGCGCCACUCCGCUAAUGUAAUAGCAGGAACCCUGCAUGUGCAGGUUAUGCCAGACGUUGUGGAGCAGAGAAUUGUACAGCAGGUGACAGCUGCUUUAAAAGAUGUUGGUGUAAAUAAUUUGUCGAUUCAGGUGGAGAAGGAGUCUUACUUCCAACAUAUGUCCGGUCUGAGUACAGGUUUUCAAGACAUCCUUGCUAUGACACAGCAAAUGGAAGCUGUAAAAUUUUUAAAAGAUGGUACUUAUAUUAUGUGACCAAACUCUGAUAUACAUCUUCCUGGAAGCUACAGAAAAGCAACAACACUUCAAUGUACUGAUGGUUUUAUAUAAAGUAUAUUUAUUUUAAGAAAAACUGUGCAGAAUUAUAUGCAUUCUGUUGAUAUUUGUUUUUCUUUCUGAUGUGAAUUGGUUAAACAGAAAUUCAAAGAUCUGAAAGCAGUAAAAAGAGCAACUUUAGCAUUAAAUGUAUUGUGUAAAAAGUAUAUUCUGAAUUUAUAUUAAAUGGGCCUACAGACAUUGUCCUCAUGUUUACAUGUUAGCAAUAAAUAUUAGAUUUAUAAUUCCCUUUUAUGUACAUUUUGGUCAUGCGAAGUUUGCAUUAUAUUUCGAAGUAGAGGUGUCAAAAUAGAUCGAAACUCCAAACAUUUGAAUGAGACUUGUGCUUACUUUUAAAACUCAGUUUGUUUUAUGUGGAAUUAGAUUACUAAUGAUGUACCAACAAUUAACUGGUAAUACCAGUUGUGUCUAUCCUUUAUAUUUUGCUUCUCUAUUUCAUGUCCAAAAUCCUGUGGAUUUUUUCUCUCUGUUAAUUCACGUGUUGAAAAUAUUGAAUCAUCUUUUCUCACAAAGAUGUUUAGUAAAGCAAAGGUAAAAGCCUUUGACUAUCUUACAGACUUCUGUAGCUGUGCUAUACUUUAUCAACCGCAGGUUUCCACAGCCUGGGAAAAUAACGUUUUAACUUUUGUUUUGAUUUUCCUUAAUCUAAGCCAGCAAUGUUUGGGUGGGAUAAUCAUGUCUUGCUGCUAAACCUACUUUGGUUAUCGAGGAAACGAUAGCAUUUGUGAUAAGUUUUCCAUUUCACUCUGUCCUAUUCCAAGAUACUUAGCCAAAGCUGUCCAAAUCACUCCUUGUAUAAACUGGAAUUUUUUGGAUCACCCACUUCACAACUCUGCCUUCUUAAUAUUCAAGCUAUGAGGGUCACCGUAGAAAACGGUUCUCUAUAAAUCAAUGGUUUUCAGAAUUAUUUUGAAGUUUAAAAUGGGAUGUAAAUGUUAAUAAAUUUGUUGUCCACACAAUUGUGUGC